AUGUUGAUGUUGAUGUUGAUGUUGAUGUUGAUGUUGAUCCUCCUAGAGGAGAAGGUGAGAUACCUUCAUUCUCUUCACACAUCUACCGCCAGGAUGGUCCUCGCAAAGCCGGAGAACAAACACGUCCUCAAGGCCUUUGACCUUACCGGCAAAGUCGCCGCCGUGACGGGCGGCGCCCGCGGCAUCGGCCUAGAAGUCUCGCAUGCCCUGGCCGAAGCAGGCGCCAACGUGGCCCUCAUCUACAACUCCUCCACCACCGCCGCCACGACCGCCGCCGAGAUCGCCGCCGCCAACAACGUCAAAACCGCCGCCUACCAAGCCAACGUGAGCGUCCAGACGGACAUCGAACAGACCAUCCAGCAGAUCGUCGCCGACUUCGACCACCUCGACAUCAUCGUCGUCAACUCCGGGAUCACCUCCAACGUCCCCGCAGAGGACUACACCCCCGCGCAAUGGAGCGAGAUCAUGCGCGUGAACCUGGACGGCGCGUUCUACACCGCGCAGGCCGCCGCGCGCGUCUUCAAGACCCAGCGCCACGGCAAUGUCAUCUUCACGGCGUCCGUGAGCGCGACGCUCGUCAACGUGCCCCAGAAACAGGCCGCGUACAACGCGUCCAAAGCCGGGGUGGUCCAGCUGGCAAAGUGCCUCUCGGUCGAAUGGGUGGACUUCUGCCGCGUGAACUGCAUCUCGCCGGGUUUCAUCGAGACGGAUAUCCUGGAUAUCCACCCGGCGGAGUGGAGGCAGAAGUGGUACGAGAUGGUCCCUGCCGGCCGCUUUGCGGACACGUAUGAGCUGAAGGGGGCGUAUGUGUUUUGUGCGUCGGAUGCGUCGAGUUAUAUGACGGGCGCCAAUAUCGUGAUUGAUGGGGGGUACACUCUUCCGUAG